AUGGGGGCCAAGCAGUCGAAGAAAAAAGCUGCCGAGGAGGACAUGAAGAGGCAAGCGAGGAAGAACGUGGGCCGCGUAGAGAGCCUCACGUCGGCCGAGCGGAUCCGGCAGCACACCAGCAAGCAGUUCGGACAGGUGGUGCUCAGCCUGGCGCGCCGCGGCAUGACGGAGCCUCCGCCGGAACUCUGGGAGCUGGUGGAGCUGGAGAAGCUCAACCUGUCGCUCAACCGCCUCCGCGCCAUGCCCUCCGCCGUCUCGGCGCUGCAGCACCUGGUGGUGCUAAACCUGUGGGGCAACCAGCUGGCCAGCCUGCCGCCGGAGAUCGGGCAGCUGCGGAAGCUCCGCGUGCUCUUCGCCUACCGCAACCACCUGACGGAGGUCCCCGAGGAGCUGGGCAACUGCACCAAGCUGGAGGUGCUCAGCCUGGCCAACAACCAGCUCAGCGGCCUCCCCGCCAGCCUGUCGGCGCUGACCAACCUGCGCAAGCUCAACCUCAGCCACAACCGCGUCGUGCACGUGCCCGGCUGCGUCUACGCCAUGAAGAGCCUCGUCUUCCUCCACCUGGCCUGCAACCAGAUGGAGAACAUCGCCGACCAGAUCCAGGCGCUGGCCGACCUCAAGAUCUUCAUCGUCGAGGGCAACUGCCUCCACGCCCUGCCCCGGGCGGUCUGCUUCCUGACGCGGCUCGAGCUGCUCAACGUGGACUUCAACGACAUCAAGGACGUGCCCGCCGAGCUGCACCAGCUGAAGCGGCUGGAGAGGCUGGCCUGCCACCCUCUGGACAAGGGCCUGCACAUCAUGCACAACCCCCUCCAGAAGGGCAUCAAGGAGGUGAUGGAAGGGGGGCUUACUGCCCUCUACAACUAUCUCAAGGCUACGUAA